UUUGCUUUCUCUGCUUGAUGUGUGGUCCAGGUUUCUCCGCAUGGUUCCAAGAAGGCUGCCGUAGCUCCAGACAUCACAGCCCCCUACAAGCAGAAUCCCAACCAGAAAGAAAGGCGGACCGGUUACUGAUGACGUCCACGGACCCAACCAUGUCACAGCGGCUGCAAACAACCACACGUUAUUGGAUUUGCAGUCUUUCUGCUACUACUUCCAGGCCCUGAGCUCAGCCAGAUGGUGUCCUGAGGGAUCAACACACUGAGGAGACAAGCGGGAGUCUGACCUCAGGAGAGGGGACAAUACCUUGAAGAUCUGAGCACAGCGUGCUGGCGGCGCACCUGUCCAGUCUGAGCACUCAGAGCCAAGCAGAUCUCUAUACCUUUGAGGACACUGCAGACAGAGGAGACACACACUGAGAAGAGGUGGGCUUGCUUGCUUGGCUUUGACCCAGGACCCCAGUGUCUAAGCAGAAGGGAAGCUCAGAUCCAUCUCAAUGCCAAAGAAAAAAUACAGAUGGACUGCCUCUUUAGGUCGUGUGGGCAUCCUCUUUCUCUGUCUUGCCCAGAUGAAGAAACUCAGGAGGAAGGGCUCUUCCGGUCUUCCGGAACUUUCCGAGAAGGCCAAGGAGCAGCUCGCUCAGGCAGAGCUACGGAAACUGAGGCAGCAGUUCCGCAAGAUGGUAGACAGCCGAAAGUCCUUCAACUUCCGCAACCAGCGCAUGAUCGCCAGCCAAUACAAGGAAAUAGAGGGUCUGAAAGCCGAACAGGCCGAGACCACCAUGCUUCUAAGCCUCGUGAAGUCUCCGAAGAACCUGGACAUCAACCAGAAAAACUUAAUGGAGCUACGCUUCCUGCUGCAGACCAAGGGGGACUACGAGACACUCAUCUCUUCCAUGAAGGUGCUGUUGGGAGAACUGGAUGACAAGAUCGUUCAGAUGGAGAGAAAGAUCACGAACCAGAGACAGCUCCUCUUGAGGACACAAGAGGCCAAUAAUCCCAAGAGGCUGCAGAAACAGAUCCACAUUCUGGAGUCCCGACUGAACCUGGUCACUGUCCACUUUGACACGAUGCUGACCUCUAACUCCCAGCUCCGGAAGGAGAUUGAGGAUCUCCUCUUUGAGAAGGCCGCCUACGACCACGUCUACCAGCAGCUUCAGCGGCGUCUGCAGACACAGAAGAAGACCAUGAACGUGGCCAUUGAGCAGUCUGCCCAGGCCUACGAGCAGAGAGUGGAGGCCAUGGCUCGGAUGGCUGCCAUGAAGGACCGCCAGCAGAAAGACAUCUCUCAGUACAACCUGGAGAUCCGGGAGCUGGAACGUCUGUACGACCAUGAGACGAAGCUCAAGUCCUUCCUGCUGGCCAAGCUCAACGACCGCUCGGAAUUCGAGGACCAGGCCAAGAAGCAGGAAGCUGUCAAAUCCAAGAAGCUUGGGAAGAAGAGGAAGGGCGAGAGUUUCGCGAGCUACGAGGUGGCGCACCUGCGGCUGCUGAAGCUGGCGGAGAACGGGGACCUGAACCAGCUCACGGAGGAUUUCCUGGCCAAGGAGGAGAAGAAUUUUGCUCGCUUCACUUAUGUCACCGAGCUCAACAAUGACAUGGAGACCAUGCACAAGAAGACCCAGCGGAUCCAGGAUGACAUCAUCAACUUGCGGUCACAGCAGCAGACCUUCCACGAGGGCACCCGGAACAUCCUGAAACAGAUGGAGGAGAAACUGAGGAAGACCACCCAGGAAGCAGACAUUUAUGAGACCAAAUACAAGGAGAUGAGCAAGACCCUGGAGUAUCUCAAGAACUCUGUGGAGAAGAUGUUUAAGAAGAUUAACUGCGACGCCACUGAGAUCCUGGGCAAGCUGGGCGAGACGGGGAAGGUCACGGACAUCAACCUCCAGCAGUACUUUGCUAUCAUAGAAAAGAAGACAAAUGACCUGCUACUUCUGGAGUCCUUCCGGCGCCUGCAGGAGGCGGAGGGGCCUGAUGUCGAUGUCCCACAACCCUUUGUCAACCCCUUCUGGGGCGGCUCUGCCCUCCUCAAGCCCCCAGAGCCCAUAAGGGUUGUGCCACCUGUGUUUGGGGCAGACUCCUUCAGUGACAAACUUGAAGAAGUGGACUAUCCUCUGGACCACAGUACCCUCCGGCAGAUGGUCUUGGAGAACUUCCUUCAGAGGGAACGCAUAAAAGAACUCCAGGACACCAUGUCAGAGAAGGGGGACGAGAUAAGGCUCAAGAAGAAGGUGAUAGGCUGAGCCGCGUGCGUGCCUGUAUUCCAACCAGAGAGAAUAAAUGUUUUCUUGCUGAGCC